AUGACAGCCUGCGCCGUCCUCGCGGGUGGGUUUCCUGGCCGGUUGCCCUGCGCCCCCAGGCCGCCCUGGGCUCGGUUAUCCCCGCCGGGCCUCCCGCAGGCGCUGCCCCGGCCCGGGCUCCGACUUCUGUUACUACUAUUUCUCCCGCUACCCUCCGCCCUUUCUACCGUGUUCACGGUGGGGGUGUUGGGUCCCUGGGCGUGCGAUCCUCUCUUCGCCCGGGCGCGCCCAGAAUUAGCCGCCCGUCUGGCCGCCGCCCGCCUGAACCGCGACCCUGCCCGGCAAGGCGGCCCGCGCCUCGAGAUCGCGCUACUACAGGAGCCUUGCCGGACACCCGGCUCGCUGGGGGCCGUGGCCUCGGCGCUGCCCCGCGUCUCGGGCCUCGUGGGGCCUGUCAACCCCGCCGCUUGCCAGCCUGCUGAGCUGCUGGCCCAAGAGGCGGGCGUCGCGCUGGUGCCUUGGGGCUGCCCCGGGGCGCAGGCGGCCGGCACCACGGCCCCGGCGGGGACUCCCGCCGCAGAUGCCCUCUAUGCCUUCUUUCGAGCUUUCCGCUGGGCGCGCGUGGCCCUGAUCACCGCGCCCCAGGACCUGUGGGUGGAGGCGGGACGCGCCCUGGCCACCGCGCUCAGGGCGCGAGGCCUGCCGGUCGCCCUGGUGACCUCCAUGCAGCCCGUUGACGUGUCUGGAGCCCGAGAAGCUCUGAGGAGGGUUCGGGACGGGCCCCGGGUCAGAGUGGUAGUUAUGGUGAUGCACUCGCUGCUGCUGGGUGGAGAGGAGCAGCGCUACCUGCUGGAGGCCGCGGACGAAAUGGGUCUGACCGACGGUUCUUUGGUCUUCGUGCCCUUCGACACGCUCCACUACGCCUUGUCCCCCGGCCAGGAGGCCUUGGUCGCGCUCGCCAACAGCUCCCGGCUGCGCAGGGCCCACGAUGCGGUGCUCACCCUCACGCGCCACUGUGCGCCUGAAGGCGACGUGCUGGACAACCUGCGCAGGGCUCAGGAACGCCGGGAGCUGCCCCCGGACUUGGAUCUGCAGCAGGUGUCCCCACUCUUCGGCACCAUCUAUGACGCGGUCUUCUUGUUGGCAGAGGGUGUGGCGGGAGCGCGGGCAGCUGCAGGGGGCGGCUGGGUGUCAGGAGCAGCUGUGGCUCGUCAUGUCCAGGAUGCACAGGUCCCCGGCUUCUGUGGGGCGCUGGGAAGAACUGAGAAACCAUCGUUUGUGCUGCUGGACACGGAUGCUGCAGGUGACCGGCUGCUGGCCACCUACAUGCUGGACCCCCUGCGGGGAGCCCUGUUGUCUGCUGGGACCCCAGUGCACUUCCCUCAUGGGGGCCCAGGACCUGGACUUGACCCCUGGUGCUGGUUCGAUCCAGAUGUCAUCUGUAAUGGAGGAGUGGAGCCUGCCCUCGUCUUCCUCGGCUUCCUCCUGCUGGUUGGCAUGGGGCUGUCGGGGGCCCUCCUGGCCCAUUAUGUGAGGCACCGGCUCCUUCAUAUGCAAAUGGUCUCUGGCCCCAACAAGAUUAUCCUGACUCUUGAAGAUGUCACCUUCCUCCAGCCACACGGGGGCAGCACUCGGAAGAUGAUCCAGGGGAGUCGCUCCAGCCUGGCUGCACGCAGUGUGUCUGAUGUCCGCAGUAUCCGCAGCCAGCACACGGACAGCCCCAACAUUGGGCUCUAUGAGGGCGACUGGGUUUGGCUGAAGAAAUUCCCAGGGGACCAGCACAUAGCUAUCCGCCCAGCAACCAAGACGACUUUCUCCAAGCUACGGGAGCUCAGGCAUGAGAAUGUGGCCCUGUACCUGGGGCUCUUUCUGGCGCGGGCGGCAGACAGCCCUGCGGUGCCGACGGAGGGCGUGCUGGCCGUGGUCUCGGAACACUGCAUGCGUGGCUCGCUCCAUGACCUCCUUGCGCAGAGAGACAUCAAGCUGGACUGGAUGUUCAAAUCCUCCCUCCUGCUGGACCUCAUCAAGGGCAUGAGGUAUCUGCACCACCGAGGCGUGGCUCACGGGCGGCUCAAGUCACGGAACUGCGUGGUGGAUGGGAGGUUUGUGCUCAAGAUUACCGACCAUGGCCAUGGGCGACUGCUGGAAGCGCAGAGGGUGUUGCCUGAGCUCCCCAACGCCGAGGACCAGCUCUGGACAGCGCCGGAGCUGCUUCGUGACCCUGCCCUGGAGCGCCGGGGGACCCUGGCGGGUGACGUUUUCAGCCUGGGCAUCAUCAUGCAGGAGGUGGUGUGCCGCAGCGACCCCUACUCCAUGCUGGAGCUCUCGGCCAACGAGGUGGUGGAGAGAGUGCGGAGCCCCCCUCCGCUGUGCCGGCCCUUGGUGUCCAUGGACCAGGCGCCUGUGGAAUGCAUCCAGCUGAUGAAGCAGUGCUGGGAAGAGCAGCCAGAGCUUCGGCCCUCCAUGGACCGCACUUUCGACCUGUUCAAGCGCAUCAACAAGGGCAGGAGGAUGAACAUCAUUGACUCCAUGCUGCGCAUGCUGGAGCAGUACUCCAGCAACCUGGAAGACCUGAUCCGGGAGCGCACGGAGGAGCUGGAGCUGGAGAAGCAGAAGACAGACCGGCUGCUCACACAGAUGCUGCCUCCAUCCGUGGCUGAAGCCCUGAAGCUGGGGAUCCCCGUGGAACCCGAGUACUUUGAGAUGGUCACGCUGUAUUUCAGCGACAUCGUGGGCUUCACCACCAUCUCAGCCAUGAGCGAGCCCAUCGAGGUGGUGGAUCUUCUCAAUGACCUCUACACCCUCUUUGAUGCCAUCAUCGGCUCCCACGACGUCUAUAAGGUGGAGACGAUCGGGGACGCCUACAUGGUGGCUUCCGGGCUGCCCCAGCGGAACGGGCAGCGACACGCAGCCGAGAUCGCCAACAUGUCGCUGGACAUCCUUAGUGCCGUGGGCUCCUUCCGUAUGCGCCACAUGCCCGAGGUGCCCGUGCGCAUCCGCAUCGGCCUGCACUCGGGCCCGUGCGUGGCGGGCGUGGUGGGGCUCACCAUGCCCCGAUACUGCCUGUUUGGGGACACAGUCAACACAGCUUCGCGCAUGGAGUCCACUGGCCUGCCUUACCGCAUCCAUGUGAACAUGAGCACCGUGUGUAUUCUUGGUGCCCUGGACGAGGGCUUCCAGCUGGAGCUGCGUGGCCGCACCGAGCUCAAGGGCAAGGGCGCCGAGGACACCUACUGGCUGGUGGGCAGGCUCGGCUUCAACAAGUCACUCCCCAAACCUCCCGAUCUGCAACCGGGGGCCAGCAACCACGGCAUCAGCCUGCAGGAGAUCCCUCCUGAGCGGCGCCUGAAGUUGGAGAAGGCUCGGCCUGGCCAGUUCUCAGGGAAGUGA